AUGAUGCGCGCUUCGCAGCGUGCAUUUGAUGCUGAGGAAGAUCUGGAGGCGCUGCUUGCGGCGGAGGAGGAGAUCGCAGGCGAGUGGGCGCCACCACGCGCGUUUGAUGACAUGGCACAGCUGGACUGGGAGGCGGAGCGUGUGCGAGACGACGGGUUGCAGCAUGGCGAAGACGGCGAAGGGCAUGCGGUAGAGGGAGCGGCAGAGGGAGCGGCAGAGGGAGCGGCAGAGGGAGCGGCAGAGGGAGCGGCAGAGGGAGCGGCACAGGGAGCGGCACCGACGGCACCGACAGCACCGACAGCACCGACAGCGCCCACCACCGCGCAUCCCAUUUCCGCUCCAAGCACGAUGGCUUUUCGCAUCGUCGACCCGCCUCCUGCCGCCGAGCCCGCCAUACCCAAGUACAUCCCCGCCCAUCCCAUCGCCGCCGUCACCACUAGCGGCGCGUCCAUCACAAUCCCCCGCCGCCGCCGCACGCGGGGCUAUACUCCACGCACACAUGCGUUUGGCGACGAUACGCGGUUCCUGCGCGAGCCCCUCGAAACGAUGCUCGCACGCCUCCCUCCCACCCCAUCCACAUCCACGGCCACGGCACGCGCAAAGCCAAGUUCUGUCAUGUGGGUCGACAAGUACAAGCCGGGAAAGUUUGCAGAGCUCCUUGGUGACGAUCGUGUCCACCGCGAAGCGCUGCGGUGGCUCAAAGAAUGGGAUCCGUGCGUAUUCCAGCGUUCUGCGCCGCGCGCUGCACGCCACAAGCACGAAGAAGACGAGCGUGAGCCUGACAAGUACGGACGGCCGCACGAGCGCGUCCUUCUCGUGUCCGGCGCGCCCGGCCUGGGAAAAACGACGCUUGCACACGUCAUUGCGGACCAAGCAGGCUACCGCGUCUAUGAGCUGAACGCCAGCGAUGCACGCACCGCUGCCGAUGUCGAGGAGCGUGUUCGCGUCGCGCUGGAAUCAGACAGCCUGCGUGGGCAAGGCAAGCCGACCAUGGUCGUCAUUGACGAGAUCGACGGCGCCAGCGGCGGCCGAGCCGACGGCCUGAACGCCGCUGGGUUCGUGCGUGCGCUCGUGCGUCUUGUGGAGCGCGGCCGCGGCCCCACGCGGGGCAAGGCACGCAGCGAAAAGUCCAAGGCCAAGCCGCAACUGCGGCCGAUUCUUUGCAUCUGCAACGACCUGUACGCCGCGGCGCUCCGCCCCCUCCGCCCCCACGCCAAGAUUUUGCGGUUCCGCCGCCCCACCACGCCGAUGCUUGCGCGGCGCCUCUCUCAGAUCUGCACCGCGGAAACGCUGCGUGCGGAUACGCGUUCAUUAUCUCUGCUUGCAGAGCUGACGCACGGCGAUAUCCGCGCGUGCCUGCAUGCACUGGAACUUUUGCGUGCGCAAACGAGCAGCGUAACGGAAGACGCUGUAGCGCAGUCGACCAUCGGCAUCAAGGACAGUGUCGUGUCCUUGCAGCGCAUCUGGGCGCAGCUCUUUUGCGCGGUGGACAAAACCAGCGCGCAAUUCCACGCGCGGCGCCAGCGAGGCGUGGCGAAGCCGCAAGCCCAGGACCGCGUCCAGUCCCUGGUGCAGGAGCUUACUGGCUUUGCCGAGUACGACAAGCUUGCGCUGGGGUGCUUUGAGCAUUACCCGCAGCUGCGAGUCCAGGACCAGGGCUGGGACCGCUACAGAAAAGCGCACGAUUGGCUCCAUUUUUCACAGAGCAUUGCUCUGCGUGUCUGGGGAAGCGGCUCGCCUUUGUUUGAGCUGAUGGCCUAUGCGCCGUGGGCAUUUGUCCCGUUUCACCACCUCUUUGCCAACAUGGCGAAUCCCCUCCCGGAGCAGCCGCCACGCACGGAUUACGAGAACCAUGUGCGCUUUUCCGAGACGCAGGAGGCAGUAGACGCGGUCCGGGCCACCCUUCCGCCGUCUGCACUGGCGUUUUACAACCGCGAUAGCAUCGCCACCGAGCUGGCGCCUGCAUGGACGCGCAUACUCUCACCCGACUUGAAAGUGAAUACGCCGCAGGCAGUGGAGGCAUCGCAAGGCGCGCUGGAUGCUCUAGUCGACACGAUGCUUGCCUACAACCUGUCUUUUGCGCCGGACCGUACAGAGGAUGGGCUGCUGGUGCAUACACUGCAGCCGAGUAUCGAUCGCUUUGGCGAGUGGGGCACAGAGCUGCGAUGCGAUGUAGGGCCACCGCGCCAUGGCGUCCGGCAGCAUGUCCAGCGCACGCUCGAGGCACAGCUCCAGAAACGGCGUAGCGUUGCGCCUGCACACCCACCCAAAUUUGGCGUGGCGCCGCCAAAGCAGCAUAUCAAGGAGGCGCUCAUGACCUAUGAUUUUUUUGGGCGGCCCGUGCAGGAUGCGCCGAGAGAGGAGGGCGAGGAUGCGAAAAAGGCAGCGGAGCUGCGUGUGUUUUAUCGGUACCAUGAGGGCUACUCGAAUGCGGUGCGCAAGCCAUUGCGACUUUCGUCGCUGCUGUAG